AUGCAGGAUGCGCCAGCGCUGGCGUCCAACGCGUCCGUUGAGAGACCUGAGGCGUUCCACUUUCAGACCACUGAUCGGUGCCGGGCUGGGCCAGGGGAGUCGAGCUCUGCGCGCUCUGUCUACACUCUGCGCACCUGCGUGUCGUCCCGGAACCCCGACCCGGAGCUAACCCGCACCCUUGGCUCUGACGCUUUGCCGAAGGUCGCAGGCACGGUGGAUGGGAGUAUGACUGGGGCGCUCGAUCGAUCGUCAAUCCGAGGGGCAAGCGCUCCUCGCGCAGCCGAUGUGUCAAGCACACUCUUGCGCUCUUGCAGAGUCACCCCGUACCCCCGGCCAGCAGUGGAUGCCACAGCCCAACGCCCAGCAGGCGAAUCUUGUAAGCCCGUCCUCGCUUCCGUCGUCGCCCUCUGUCCUCUCUGUCUUGCUAGGCUGUCUUGGCGAGAUAUAUUUGACCCUCGACUCAGAGGUGGCGUCAUUGGGCUAGGGGUGAUCACCGCCUGGCCGCAGUGGAGGCGUGAUGGCCAAGAUAACGUACGGGUCGUCUGGGGUUCGUCUGUCAAUGCACCACGGCCUUCGACUGAAGCUUCUGCUACGAGCACAAGCCCGACCCUGCGCCCUUGCGCCCUAGCGCCUCUCGCUCUAGCGCCUCUCGCUCUACCCUCCCCGACAGCUCUCGCGCUUCAUGUGUGCCAGCGCUCCUUCAUGCCUGUGAAUGCCUCCGCCUCUCUCCGCGCAGCCCUCCCCAAUGAGCUCGACUCCAUCUGCUACCUUUCCCCUAUUCUUAAGUUCUCUGUCGAUGCCAGGCCCUGUGCGCUUCUCAGCGGACAUUGCUUGGCUGCGCCUGCAGCGCCGAUCUGGGCCGCUGCCCAAGUACGUGCCCUUGCCCCCGAGGUCUUCCUCGGCCGCAGGCCCGCAUCGUCCCCGGUUUCUGGCGCCGCUCAGGACGAGGAGGGUACCGCCGCCGGAUCAGAGUCGGCUCCCCUCGGCGACAACGACCUCGAGGAGCAGGUCGAUACAGCAUCAAUUCCUGUCACCGGCGUAGGUGUGACGGCACCUGCAGAUGGCUCCGGCGCCAGCGAGGCCGAGGUUCCUCCCGCAGCUCGUUCCCUCUUCCCGACCACGAGGGAAGAAUGGGACCGUCGAGCCCGGGAAUGGAGGAGGUCCAACGUUCCACCACUCCCUCCACCAGGCGAACCUAUGUCGCCGGAGUGGAUCACCCAGUUCCGGAACAACCUCCACCCUAUGUGGUGGCCUCGCCUGCCCGACGCCAAGCCGCCCGGUCAAGAAGCGGUCGGCGCGCCAGGUGCAGCAGCUCUAGGAUCUGUGGCAAGCUCCUCCUCCUCCCCCUCCGAGUCGGCCGGUCUGUCGGUACCGGUGGCCCCAGCUCCGUCUUCCUCACUACUGUCGUCAUCUGGCCCGGCGUCUUCAAGCUCGACAUCACCGUCAUCUCCGGAGUGCAGUAGCUUGAUCAACUCCUCGUCCGUCUCGGCGUCCGGUCCGUCUUCCUCACUGCCGUCGUCAUCUGGCCCGGCGUCUUCAAGCUCGACAUCACCGUCAUCUCCGGAGUGCAGUAGCUUGAUCAACUCCUCGUCCGUCUCGGCGUCCGGUCCGUCUUCCUCACUGCCGUCGUCAUCUGGCCCGGCGUCUUCAAGCUCGACAUCACCGUCAUCUCCGGAGUGCAGUAGCUCGAUCAACUCCUCGUCCGUCUCGGCGUCCGGUCCGUCUUCCUCACUGCCGUCGUCAUCUGUUCCGGCACCUUCAGCCUCUGCGUCGACGUCCGGUGCUACAACGAGAGGUACAGGUCGUGGGCGGCGAGGGAGGGGAUCGAAGUCACUUCCGAGUACCCAGAUGCGCGUGUAUCGGGACCUUGUUAAAGGUAGUAAGGUGGUCUCGAUCCGUUCGGACCGGUCCUCCUGGACCUUAACCGAUCACGGUCCCACCGUGGGGUAUCUAUCCCAUAGGUUCCAAAGGACACGCAAGCGCGUCGAGCUGCCCUUCCCUCCUGAGGAGCUGGAGCGCCUUCGAGCGCGAGGAGGCAAAAAGAUCACCCUAGGCUUGCGACUGGUGGUGACCCCCGGCACCUCGCUGAAGCCCACAUCUGUGUUCCUAAGUGUGUACGAGGAGGGCGCUCCAUCCUUCUUUUUUGGCCUAGAAGACCUGCCUGUGAACCUCCACAAUGCCUUCGUCGGGUUCUCAGACUGGGUAACAGUUGCUAACGAGAUCGAGAUGGAGGACCCCUAG